AUGCCGAUCGUAAAGCGCAAGCCGGUGCAGCCGGUGCCCGUCUCUGAGGCUUUGGAGGCGGCUUACGCACGGCACGAGGCCCCGCCGGUGUUCUACCUGGCCGCUACCGGCGAGGUGUUUGCUGAGUACGAGCACUAUGCGGCGCGUCUGAGCUACUACCACCAGCGCAUAUUCCAGUGCGAAGUGUCGGGCAAGUCGAACCUCACGUACUUUGAGGCGGCCGAGAGCGAGGCGCAGCACACGCGCGCGAUCCAGUCGCAGUUUCCCGACGCACUCAAGGCGCCGAUCCUGCAGGCUGUCCAGUUCCAGACCGUGUCGCGCUUCAGCGAGCUCGUGGAGCGCGUCGCGGACAGUGUGAAGGCGCGCUUCUUCCCGGGCGAGGUGGUCCUCGUCGACCGCGAGGGCGAAUCCGCGCGCCAGCCCGCGAUGGUCCGCGCUGUAGACGCGGCGGACGCGUCCGAGCAGGUGCCGCCCCUGUCGCUCGCGCUCGACGCUGUGCCGCCCCUUCUGUACACGGUGCAACUGCCCGGCGACGACGGCGCAUGGAGCGGCGAGUCGCUCCGCGUGCGUGCGACGCAGCUGAGCCGCGAGCGGCACGCGCUGAGCAAGUCGAUCCUCCGCCGCUUCCUGCGCGACAGCGUCAGUCGCGAGGCGGGCGCGACGGGUGUAUGGCGCGUGCGCGAGUCCCUUGCGCGCAAGUACGCCCUGCCCACCGAGCUCCCGCCCGACGUCGCCGAGUGGCAGCAGUCCGUGCGCGAUGCACAGGCGGCCAAGCGGCGCCGGCCAAGCGAGGGCGACACGCCCCGGAAACGCACCGCCAGCGACGCGCCGAGCGCGGCCAAGCCGCUCAAGUUCCCGUGCGAGGACACGCGCCUCGAUGCCAUCUCGGCCGCGGAGCUGCAGACGGAGACGCCCGGCGAGCUCGCGCGGCGCGUGGCGCGGCCAGCCCUGGGCGGCGAAGAGCUGCUGGGCGUGCCGAACGACCUGUUCGAGUCGUACCUGGCCGUGUACUACUUUUUCCUCGCGCUCGGCGAACCGCUGGGCAUCUCGAGCAUAGCGCUCGACGACUUUGAGGGCGCGCUGCGGCAUCCUGUCGCGGAGCCGCCAUGCGUACUGCUUGCCGAGAUGCACGCAGUGCUACUGAAUGCAAUCGUGCGCGAUGGGCCCCACAGCCGCGACCUGGCGCCGGCCGCCGUGGCGCAGCGGCUCGUCGCCGUAAGCCGCGACGAAGCGUCGCCGCUCGAGACCGGCGAAGAGGCCAAGGAAGAGGCGCCCGACGACGCGAGCAGCGACGUGAGCGACUCGCCGGAGCGCGAGGUGUUCGAGGCCGCACGCGAGAUCGGCCGCGGCUGGCAGCGCUCGGAGCUGCACGACGAGACACGCACCGGCUGGGAGCGGUACCUGGUCGGGUGCCUCGUGGACCGCGCGACGCCCGAGGCGCUGCCGCGCUUCCUGGGCAUUCUCUCGCACCUCACGGGUGUGGCAUGCGACGACGAUACAGACACGCCGUCGACGUCGCCGCGGACAGUCGCGGAGCGGUACCCGCUGCUGCCCCUGAGCGACAAGAUCCAUGUGCUGCAGUUUCUGUGCGAGCUCGCGGUGCUUACGCGCGGCGUCAAGGCGUACUACGACACGUGCGAGACGCAUCUCACGGAGCUGCGCAAGGAGCGCGUCGAGAUUUCUCGCACACGCAGACGAACACUGGAGCAGCGAGUCGCGCUCGAUGCGCCGGCCGAGGGCGAAGCGAUGGACGUCGAGCCGGACGAGCCGGAGCCCGAGGCACCGGCGGCCGAGGUGUCCGAUUCCGAGUCGGAGCGCGACGAGCUCGCGUCGGACCACGGCUCGGAGGGCGCAGACGGCAGCGCAGGCGCGUCCGACUGGGACACGAGCGACUCGGAGGGCGUGCGCGACGAGCGGUACAAGCGCCUCGCCGGCACACGCCAGGAGGCACUGCGAGAAAAGGCACAGCAGCGCGAGGCAGAGGCGGCGCGCCUCGCUGCGGCGCAGGCGCGCGCAGCGGAGCAGGUGCGCGAGACCAAGCAGCUGCGCGAGGAGCGGCGGCGCCUAGAGGACACGGCCGCUCGACUCGCGCGGCGCGAAGAGGCCUUGGAGCGCGAGUUUCGGCGGUACGCGCAGAUCCCGCGGCUGCGCCCGCUGGGCCGCGACCGCUUCCUCGACCGCUACUACUGGCUCGACGGGAUCGGCGCGGCGGCGCCGUCUGGGGCGUACCAGACUGCGCGCAUCUUUGUGCAGGCGCCGAGCCGGCGCGAGUGGGAGGCGCUCUGCACGCAGUACGCGGAGGGCCGCGACGCGCUGGCCCAGCGGCGGAGUCGCGAGCAUGGCGCGUCGACCGCGUGGGAGUGCGGGUCCUGGGGCGUGUAUACACAGCCGGAGCAGGUCGAGGAGCUGAUUGCAUGGCUCAGACCGCGCGGCGUGCGAGAGCAGGCGCUCAAGGCUCAGCUGCUCAAGUACCGCGACGCUAUGGAAGGCGGUAUGCGCCGGCGAACGGACGACAUUGCGCUGGGCGUGCGUGAGCCGGCCGUCGUCGAGACGCGGCGCUCGGCGCGUGUGCGCUCCGAGCAGUCGUCGCAGCUGCGCCUGCCAUACAUGCAGUGGCGCAACGCGGCGCGGGACUAG